AGGCUCAUUAGCGUGCACGGAUCCGAACCAGUUUCCCAGGAUCCCUGCUGUGUGGCCGGAAGAGGGGCAGCUGCAUUCUGCUCUUAGGAGCCCCAUCCUAGCCUUGAGGGGUUAAUAUAGCAAGCAGACGAAGCCCUCUCCCGCGAUGGGGAAGAUAAAAGACAUUUUGAUUCAUGAUAAUUCUCAGUAAGAAGUAUAUGUCAAGCCACUGGUCAAAUUUCCAUCAAAAACUCAUUAGACAGAGAAUGGAGAAAAAGGUUGAUUCCAGGUCUUUUAGGGAUGGUACAGUUAAGAAACCUUACUCUUCAAUGGUGCAGCCUAACAAGAAGUCUACUGCCUUCUCUGCAAUCUGUAAGGAGCUGCCUCCUGCCAGCCAUCCAGUGCAGCAUCAUGUCUCACACACUUGGACCCGAAGGGGCCGGUUAAGAGAAUUGCGUGUUAGAUGCCUGGCUAGAAAGUUCUUGUAUUUGUGGAUUCGAAUGACUUUUGGAAGAGUACUUCCCUCUAAAGCCAGGUUGUACUAUGAACAGAGAAUACUACGGAAGGUCUUUGAAGAAUGGGAAGAAGAAUGGUGGAUUUCUCGUCGAGAGUGGAAGCUCUGUGUCCGAGCCGACUGUCACUACAGAUAUUACUUGUAUAACCUGAUGUUCCAGAACUGGAAGGCCUACAUGCAGCAGCAGCAGGAGAUGAGGAACAAGUUCAUAAGAGCCAAGGAUCAUGAUGUAAAGCAAAAGAUGCGUCAGGCCUGGAAGUCCUGGGUAAUCUACGUGAUUGUUCGUAGGACCAAACUUCAGAUGCAGACCACUGCUGCGGAGUUCCGGCAGCAAAGUAUCUUACGGGUGUGGUGGAGUGAGUGGAGGCAGCAACUCAGACAGGUCCUCGUGAGUCGUGCCCUCCAUGACAGAGCUGUGAAGCACAGGGCACUGAGCCUCAAGCUGCAGGCUUGGUCACGGUGGCAGGGACAGCUCUUACGCAGCCAGAAGGAGAGACAGAAGGUAGUCUCCGCAGUGAAAUACCAUCAGCACUGGCAAAAGCGAAGAUCUCUGAAGGCCUGGCUUCAAUAUCUGCAAGUCCGCAGAAUGAAGAGGCAGCAGAAUGAGAUGGCUGAGCAAUUCCACCGUGUCACUGUGCUCCAGAUCCACUUCUGUGACUGGCAGUGGGCCUGGGAGAGCAGGCAGAGCCUGUAUGCCCACCACGCCCUGGUGGAGGGGCUGGCCAGGAGGAUGGCGCUGCGGCGGGCUUUGGCACACUGGAGACACUACGUGCUGCUGUGUGCGGAGGACACGGCCCACUGGGAGAUGGCGGAGGAGCACCACAGGCACCAGCUGCUGUAUUUUGGCUUGAGAGCCCUAAAAGGCAAUGUGACCCAUGCCCGUAUCCAGCGAAUGAGACGGAACCUCUCCCUCCAGCAGCACAGCAUCACGCUGCUGCGCAGGUUCUGGAGCCUCUGGCAGUCUCAGAUGGAGCAGAGGGAAGACAGGGAGCAGUUGCCCCUACUGCGUGCUGCCUGGAACCACUACAGGAUCACGUUGCUACGCAAGUGCUUCAACCUGUGGUUAGAGUACACUCGGAGGAGGCGACACAAGCAGCUGCUGCAGGCCAGAGCAGAUGGUCACUUCCAGCAGAGAGCUCUGCCUGCUGCCUUCCAUGCGUGGGACAGACUGUGGCGGUGGCGUCGGCAGGAGCAGGUCCUCAACACAAGAGCAGUGCAGUUUCACAGGGAGACACUAGAGAAGCGAGUAUUUGCUGUCUGGCGGCAGAAGACGUUUCAGCAUCGAGAACACCGCUUGGCAGAGAGAGUGGCCAUUCUACAUGCAGAGCAGCGGCUUCUGCAGAGGUCCUGGUCCAGGUGGCACCAGCAGUUGGCGGCUUGUUGCCGGGAGCGGGAGUGGCAAGCAGUGGCCAGCGCCCACCACCGCCACAGGCGACUGCGGACCGCUUUCUGUAUCUGGAGGGAGCACACCCGAGGGCUCAGAACGGAGAGGACCGGCAGGGCACGGGCUGCGGAAUUCCACAUAGCACAGCUCCUGCAUUGGGCCUGGAGCAGGUGGAGGGAGUGCCUGGCCAUGCGGACGGCCGAGCGGCGGAAGCUGACGCGAGCAGACCUGCACCGCCAGCACGCCCUGCUGCACAGGGUGCUCCAGAAGUGGGUGACAUACCAGGGCAGAGUACAGAACGUCCUACAAGAGGUGGCGGCCAGGGAGAGUCGGCAUGACAGGCAGCUGCUGCGGGGUGUGUUACGUCGUUGGAGAGAGAAUACCAUGGCCCGUGUGGACGAAGCCAGGAAGAUUGCCCUGGCGCAUGCUCACCACAGGAGGACUGUGUGUGCCAAGGUCCUGGCCCGGUGGCGCGAGGCCGCGUCAGUGCAGAUUUAUUACCGACAGCAGGAGGGCUGUGCCAUUCGGGAGGCCCGGAAGGUGCUGGACAGGGGCCGUCUCCGGACCUGGUUUCGGCGCUGGUGGGACUGCAGCCAGAGGUUGACCCAGCAGCGGGUCCAGAUGCAGAGGGCAGCCUGGCAUCACCGGCGGUGGCUGCUACAGCAGGGGCUGGCCCGGUGGAAGGCACACCACCUGGGCUGUGUCAGGAAAAGGCUCCUGCAGAGGCAAGGUGCCUGCCUCCUGGCACACAGACUCAGCCGGGCCUGCUUCCGCCAGUGGGAACGACAGCUGGUGGCCAGGCAGCAGGAGCGGCAGGCCACAGCACGGGCUCUGUGGUUCUGGUCCUUCUCAUUGCAGGCUAAGGUCUGGGCUGCAUGGCGGGGCUUCGUGCUGGAGAAGAGGAGAAAGAAGAUGCGGCUAGUGCGGGCCCUGCAGGCUUACCAGGGGCAGCUCCUCCAGGAGGGCGCCACGCGUCUCCUGCGCUUUGCGUCUGGGGUGAAGGCUUCUCGGCAGCAGCUGCAGGCGCAGCAGCAGGCUCAGGCAGCCCACAGUCUCCACCGUGCAGUCCACCGUUGUGCCAUGCUCUGGAAACAGAAGGUGCUGGGCCCCGGCAGGGAGCUGCAGGCGCUAGCACCUAACUCACCCAGCAGGAGAGUGACAUUUGAGGGUCCCUGUCUCAACCAUGGUGCUGCUGGGACUGGGGAUGCCACCUUGAAGACCAAGCGGCCAAGAGCUCCUCGGCCUCGGGGACCUUUGGGCAGCCUGGCCCUGGCUGCUGGGGAGCCCCAGCUCCAGGAGCUCCUGGCUGCCCGCUCCGCAAGGAAGCAGCCGCGACGCCCACACUUCCUGCUGGAACCUGUGCAGAGCCAGUGGUCCCUGGGCUGUGGCACCCCUGGGAGACAAGGACCUGAGAAGCAGUGGGAACAUUGCCCAGGCCUGGCCCAGCAAGCAGGCCCUUUCCUGACAAGGCCCUUUCCAGCGGAGGCCCAGAUGCCACUGGUCCCAAGUAGCCUCCUGCCAGAUGCCUCUAGCCAGAAGCUACCCGCCUUGCCAAGGACCAGCCCAGGCCUGCUGCUGCUGCCUCCUUCUUCCUUCAUGCCCCGCGGAGCAGGAGCACCAGCCAGGGUGUCAGCACAGUCAACCGCUUCUAGGCCUAAGCUCCAGAAGCCCCCGUCCCUGGCCAGCGCCCCUGACCCCCGUCUGCUCUUCCCUGGAGACUUCACAAGCACCAGGGCUGGACUCGGCUCUAAAAGUGCAGGUGUGAGCCUGGCGCCUGUCGGGGCAGUGAGCGCUCAGGGCCCCCCUGCUCAGCCCAGUCCUGGAGGGAAAGAUGGUCAAGAUCAAGCUCCUGCUGCCGCUGCCACAGGCUGCUCAGACCUUGAAGCGGAGCUGGAGGGGAUCCAGCGGCAACUCCAGCACUACCAGACCACCAAGCAGGACCUCCGGUCCUACCAGCGGCAAGCAAGCAGCCUGCGCCAGUGGCUGGAGCUGAGCCGGGAAGAGCCCAGGCCUGCAGACCAGGAAGCAGAGCGGCAGGUGCAGAAAGAGCUUGAGGAGGUGGAAGUCCAGAUCCGGCAGCUGGCCGAGGAGCUACGGGCCCAGCGCCAGCCCAUCAGUGCCUGCGUGGCCCGAGUCCAGGCUCUGCGGCAGGCCCUGAGCUAGUGCACUCAUCCGGGAGGCAGGUGCUGGCCU